AUGGCGAACGCACCUGACAACCAAGCCUACGUGCUUGGAGUGGGCAUGACGAAAUUCAUCAAGCCUCGAGGGCUGCGCGAGUAUCCGGAGAUGGGCUACGAGGCCGGUGUCAAGGCCAUGCUGGAUGCGCAGAUCAACUAUGACGACGUCCAGCACGGGGUGGCCUGUUUCGCGUACGGCGACUCGACGUCGGGUCAGCGCGUGUUCUACCAGUUUGGCAUGUCUACCGUCCCCAUCGUCAACACGAGCAAUGCCUGUGCGACAGGGUCCGUGGGCCUCUAUUUGGCCCGGACUCUCGUGAGGAGCGGCAACGUCGACUGCGUCCUGGUGGUGGGGUUUGAGAAGAUGCAGCCUGGGAGCCUGAAGAGUGUCUGGGGCGACCGACCCAGUUCCAGCGGACGUUUCGCCGCGAAGAUGAGGGAACUAGUCGGCAUCACGAAACAGGCGCCGUUGACGGCACAGUAUUUCGCCAACGCAGGCCGGGAGUAUAUGCAAAAGUACGGCGCCACAGCAGAAGACUUUGCCGAGAUUGGCCGCAUCUCGCACGAACACUCUCAGCGCAACCCUUAUGCGCAGUUCCGCCAGAAGUAUUCUCUCCAGGAGGUCCUGGAUUCGCCCAACAUCUUUGCGCCCCUGACAAAACUCCAAUGUAGUCCCACUAGUGAUGGCGCCGCCGCAGCCGUGAUCGUCUCGCAGAGAUUCUUGGAUGCCCGACCGCAUCUGAAGAGCCAGGCGAUCGUGAUGGCGGGACAGUCAUUCUUGACGGACUCGGAAAAGGCUUUCCAGACAAGUGCCAUUGAGCUUGUCGGCUACGAUAUGACCCAGCGAGCCGCACGGGCCGCCAUGAGAGAAGCCGGGAUCGGCCCGGACGACGUCAAGGUCUGCGAGGUGCACGACUGCUUCUCCACCAAUGAGAUGGUGGUCGUGGAUGCUCUGGGGCUCUGCGAACCAGGCAAGGCCCACGAGAUGGUCCGCCGAGGCGACAUCACCUACGGUGGGAAGGUGGUGGUGAACCCGUCAGGCGGCUUGAUCUCCAAAGGACACCCUAUUGGGGCGACGGGCCUGGCGCAAUGCGCGGAAUUGACCUGGCAGCUGCGUGGAUGGGCCAACAAUCGUCUCGUAGACGGGACGUCUGUGGCGCUGCAACAUAACCUGGGCCUCGGAGGCGCCGUGGUCAUCAACAUCUACAGGCGCGCCGAUAGCCAGGUCAACCGGAAAGUAAGUAACGAGGAAAUCGCACGGACCAGCUGGUUAGGCUAUAAUCCUGCGGUCGAGGCCCGGGGAAUCACAGACCAGGACGCCGACAAGGUCAGGAGCAAGAAACACCGCAACGAUUUUGCAUUGGGGGACAUCCGAGAGAGGCUGGGUGCUCAGGCCCACUUGUAG